UAGUGAAUGCAUUCUUUGAGAUAGUCUACCAUGUCUUCUGAGAUGAUAUUCUUCUCACGAAGGUCUCCUGUUCUAUGCACCAAGUGGUGUGUAGCUUCCAGUCAAACCUAUGCUACAAAUGUUGGUCUUGAUAUUUUAAGGAAGGGCGGAAAUGCGGCAGAUGCAGCUGUAGCAAUAGCAGCAACCUUGAAUUUGACGGAACCCUGCAGCACUGGCCUUGGAGGGGACUGUUUUUGCCUUUUCUAUGAUGCAAAGACAAAACGGGUACAUGGGAUCAAUGGAAGUGGCAGGUCUCCGCGGGCACUGACUAUCGAUCUGUUGAAAAGGCAGGGCUUUGAUGAGUCAAACCCAGCACCCACGUCUCAUGCACACAAUAUUACUGUACCUGGUACAGCAGCUGCUUGGUGUGACACAGUUUCUCUUUAUGGAAGCAAAAAGCUAUCUUUAGAAGAAAUCUUGCAGCCAGUUAUUUAUCUGGCAGAAAGAGGAUUCCCUGUAUCAGAAGUUACUGCCUAUCACUGGAAAGAACAGGCUAUUGUUUUGCAGAGCCCAGAAAAUAAGCAUGGAAGAGAUAUGCUGAUAAACGGACAGCCACCUGAACAUGGUCAAGUGUUCAAGAACCUUCAUUUAGCACAAACAUUUAAGGAACUUGUCAGGAAUGGAAAGAGAGGAUUUUAUGAGGGAAGGAUUGCUGAAGCUAUUGUAGAAACUGUUCAGGAACAUGGAGGAGUCAUGACCUUAGAUGACCUCAAGACUCAUACAAGCUGCGAAAUUGAGCCUAUUUUCACCGAUUUCAAGGGGGUAAGAGUAUGGGAGAUUCCUCCAAAUGGACAGGGGAUAACAACUCUAAUGGCUCUAAAUAUUCUUGAAAACUUUGACAUCAAAGUAAUGGAACACAACAGCUCUGAAUAUCUCCACCUUCUGAUUGAAGCUUUGAAGCUAAGUUUUGCUGAUUCAUUCUGGUUCUGCACUGAUCCUGACAAAGUCUGUGUACCUACAGAACAACUUCUUUCAAAAGAAUAUGCUAGACAUCGGUCACAACUAAUUGACAUGAAAAGAGCAAGCAAUGAGUGCAUUCAUGGAAACCCCUGUGAACCGGGGACAGACACUGUUUAUUUCACAGUUGUGGAUGCUGAGAGAAAUGCCUGUUCUUUCAUCAACAGUAACUACACUGGAUUUGGCACAGGGCUGGUUCCCAGAGGCUGUGGAUUUACUUUGCAAAAUAGAGGAGCGGGUUUUUCCUUGUGUCCCAGUCAUCCAAACUGCUUAGCACCUGGAAAGCGUCCAUAUCAUACCAUCAUACCUGCACUAGCAACUAAUGCAUCUUCUGGUAAUCUUCUGUGUUCGUUUGGUGUGAUGGGUGGCUUCAUGCAGCCUCAAGGGCAUGUUCAGGUGCUGCUUAACAUGUUCGAAUUUGGCAUGAACCCACAGCAGGCCCUAGAUCAGCCACGUUUCUGCAUCAAUUAUCACUCACAAGAGAAGGCCUGGCAAGUAUCCUUGGAAGAUGGUAUUUUGCAAACCACUGCAGAAGAUUUGAAGGUGAGAGGUCAUCGUGUGUUUUGGCCAAUAACUGGAUAUGACAGAAAGAUGUUUGGUCGUGGCCAGAUUAUCUCUCAAGGUGAUUGGUGGAAGUUUUCUGGAUCAAGUUUUUCUAAGUCAAAUGCAGAAGUAUUGUGGGCUGGUUCAGAUCCUCGAGCUGAUGGUUGUGCUGCAGGGUACUAAUAAUGUUCAUCAUAUUGAUCACUGCUGUAGUAGCUUUAGCUACAUGGAUUAUAUCUUAUCUGCACAAGAAUAUAACAGCCAGUCAGACAAAUCUUCAGGGCAUUUUCCACACAACCAAACUGUCAGGAAACUCAAGCAGAGCUGCCUAAACAACAAGUUUGGGUGCCAAGCCCUUCAGACCUGUACUGCUGCUGAAGAAUACGCUCCUCUGUGGCUUUCGAAGAUUGACGGUUGGCAUGUGCUGUUCUUUUGCUGGGCAGAUAUGUUCCUCUGGGGGAAAAAACUUUCAUUUAAUAAUUUUGCUUAUUACUUUUAUUUCCAUCUUCCUGAAAUUUAUUUUAAAGCCAAGAGUUUGUGUUUUAAUGAACCAUCAUGAGACUGUACUAUACUUUUAAAGAGAAGCAUGCUUUUCUCCUGUCACUUUAAAAGCUGUUAAAGUAACUGAAGAACAUUUUUUUCUCUGGAGAAGCUGUGUUUAUUUUACUCUGUGGGGCUGGCAAUGUGCAAGUCCUUUUUACUGUUUUUGUCUGGGGAAAACGUGACCUGUAAGACUUUUUAUUUGUAUAGGCAUCUGCUGCUUGUUUUCCCAGGGAAAGGUAUGACCAUGGAACAAAUUGUCAAUCCCACGGUCUGUCCCUUUACCAGCCACAAAAUGAAAAAGUUAAGCAAAUAGCCUUUGCUGUCACAUCAGGCUAGCAACUUUCCUAAUCUGCAGGUGAAUGACUCUGCUGUUGCCAAUUGGUAUAUCUCAAGCUACUUUUACCCUGAAUCUCUCUGGUGUAGUACCUACAGCCACUAUUGGCCAUGGCUUAACCAUGUCCUCUGCAACUGCUGGGGACCCCCUAGUGGGCAAGGGAGAGCCACUCUUGUUGGUCCUGGGAGAGGGAAUAGGGAAGACUUCCCUGUUUUGUCAGAAUGUUGUACCCAUCCUUAAGGAAGCUGCUGCCGCCACUAAUCACACUUUUGGCUCCAUCUUUCAUGUCAAAAAGAAGUGGAACACUAAGCAUGUGUCUGCUCCUCAAAUUUCUUUAAAUGGGAAUAGCUUACUGGUUCUGGCUCAGUGUUUAAUUUAGGCUAUUGAGCCUUCUUUUAAGGUAGUUUCUCUUAAAAGAAAGAAGGAUACUUCCUUUCCAGAAGAGAUUCAAGAUUCUGAAUACAAACAAGAACAUUCAGGGACCGAUACAGUGUUUUUCCUCUGAUUUCUGAUUCAGACUCAGAGGCAAACUCAGUUUCUGAUUUUCCCUUG